AUGGACAUUCAUGUCAAAAACAAUGAGUGUGAAUCAGCUCAUAAACUACAUCUGAUGUAUGCUUUGUUGAAGAUUUUUGCUACCACUGUGGAAGAUCUGUGGCCUGGUUGGACUGGAUUUAACACAUUAAUUAGGCAAAGCAAUAUACCUACUGUGUCACGAGUUGGCUACCUUCCGAUAGUGGAUGCCUCGUCUACAGAAUAUUCUAUGCUUAAUGAAGUCCUGAAGUCCGUUAUUAAGAUCAUGGAUAGAUUGCAAUUACAACAAACUGUUCUUCUAUUUGAUGAAGCCGUUUAUGCAAAAAUCCAGCACAUCUGA